AAGAGGAUUUGCUUAACUUAGUGAACAUUCUUGAUCUUAACCUUAAGGGUAACAUCACAGUGAUUUCCUCACCGAUGUUUACACGUAGUCCACGGCUUGAUCUGCUUCGAGACUUCUAAGAAGCUCGUGAUUUGGAACCCUACCAUGAGACGUUUCUUAACUUUACCUGAACCUGAAAACAGCAGUUUGAGAUACGUAAGAGGUUUUUUAGGAUAUGAUCCAAUCGAGUGUCAAUACAAAGUACUAAGCUUUCUUACAGACCAAGGGAUUCGGGUUCUGACAGUGAGAGCUCAAGAAUCAUGGAGGAUGAUCGAAGCUAAUCCUCUACAUUUGCCUGCCCCUACUAAAGGCUACGCGCAAUGCAUUAACGGAAUUUUGUACUAUGAAGCUUUUUGUGGUUUGACUCUGAAGCAUGCUAUAAUGAGCUUUGAUCUCAGGUUUGAAACGUUCAAUUUAAUUGAAUUUCCGAUGAAUGAUCACAUGCGCGGUUUAUUGGUACCUUAUGAGGGAAGGUUAGCUUUAGUUAAUUCUAUGUGCACUGGUGUUGAAAUAUGGAUUAUGGAGGAUGGAGAGAAUCAGAAAUGGUCAUUUAAACACGUUAUGUACCCUACCUCUGUCAAAAUUUGGCGGACUCUAGAUUUGAAGGGUGUUACUGAUGAUGGUGAGCUUGUUUAUACACCAAGGAGUUUGUCUAAGUCGUUCCAUGUUGUGUAUUUUGAUCUGAAGAGAAAGAGUAUAAGAGAAACUAAGUUUAAAGGAAUUGCAUGUGACUUAUUUAGGAAACUUAAGGGACUUGGAUUUGGUCCUCUCAGUGAUUUAGAUGUUUUCCCAAAUCACAUUGAGAGUCUCUUGUCCUUGUAAGAACAUUCACAUCUCGUUGCUCUUGAUCAUUCAUCUAUGAGAUUUUGAGAUUGUUUGACGUCUUUAGGUUUUCUUGUAAAGAUUUGUAAUCAUUCAUUAAUUUCAAGAUAUUUAUCCCGGCAUGUUAUAUAUAACAAUGUGGAUAGUGCAAACUAUAUUGUUGAAGUCUGUAUGAUCUAUGGAUUUUGAAGGAUGGUAUAUUAAAAAAAUUUGACAUGA